GAAAUACUUGUUGCGCUAAAGAUACUACAAUUGAAAAACCAAUAUAAAUAUUAGAUAUAACACCAAUUAUUCAAAAUGAGGAAUAGUUUGAAUUCAAGAGAUAGCAUAGUGCUAUUAAAAUAUAGUCACUUUUUAGAGGAUAAUAAGUUAGAAAAUAAGUAAUUUAAAUUACAAAGAAGGGUUCAUGAAUUAGAAUAAGAGUUGUACCCAUCAACUGAUAUUGGCAAAAGAACUAACAAGAAAUUUGAAUCAGAAAAUCCUUUUGUAAGGAAAUCAUUAGAUAAUUUCGGUCCUUUUAAUUUUGAUUAGUGUAAUUAGAUUGCCGAAGCAUAAUAUCUUCCUCCUAUUGUAUCUAUGUUUUUCUUAUACAAAAUAGGAAUUUAAUAAUGGAAUUAUUUACUAAGGUUAAUGGUUAAAUAAAAAGAGAUGGGGAAGAGGAUAAUAACUAUUUCCAGAUGGAACUGUAUAUGAGGGAAGUUGGAAGAAUGAUAUGGCAGAAGGAUAUGGAAGAUUAAUUACACCUGAAGGAAAUACAUAUGUAUAUUUUGAUUAAAUAAAAAGAUUGGAUUUUGGAAGGAGAAUGAAAAAGAAGGUAAAGGAACUCUAUAUUAUGAAAAUGGAGUAAUUUUUGAAGGGGAAUUUUUAAAAGAUUAAGAGAAUGGUUAUGGAAUAGAAAAAUGGCCAGAUUAAAGUAUGUUCUAAGGAAAUUAUAUAAAUGGAAUUAAGUAAGGUUUAGGAAAAUAUAAAUGGACAGAUGGAUCUAUUUAUGAUGGGAAUUUUUAAAAUAAUUAAAUAAAUGGUAAGGGAAAGUAAAUUUGGUCUGAUGGUAGAUAAUAUGAAGGAGAUUGGGUAUUAAAUAAGAUGCAUGGGAUUGGAACAUUUAUUUGGCCAGAUGGUAAGAAGUAUAUAGGAAAUUAUCGAGAAGAUUUAAAAGAAGGAUAUGGAGAAUUUAUAUGGCCUGAUGGAAGAAUAUAUAAAGGAGAAUGGUAUAAUGGUAAUCCUCAUGGAAAAGGAGUAUUUAUCGAUAAAACAGGGAAAUAAGAGAAAGGNUAAUAUUUUAAAUAAAUUUCAUAAACCUAUCCUAACUUAGUAGUGAAAAUAAACCUCUAGCAAUAUUUUUAGAUAAUAUUAGUUCAAUCUUAGAUCAUGAAUUUAACCAAAUGA